GUUGCCAAAAUACGAAUAGUCGUAUUUUUCCAAGGUCCGGUUCUGUAUCGGUUGUUUCUAAAGCUUGCGUCUAGGUUUUGAAAGAGUCUGGGGCCGUUGGUUUCAACGUUGACUUUUACGGGGUCGGAAACAACCUUGACAGAAUCAAUCCUAUAAGGCAGUCCUGGCAGUCUGGAAGGCCGCUAGAACCCAUUGCCCCAGGUACCCCCGUCCUCAGGGGACCCUUGCCCACGCCCUGUUCUGCAGUGGACGCGACCCGUCAGUGACGAGCGCCCUUGCCAAUCACUGACCGUGAUGCGAAGUAGCAUGCCCAUAUUCUAAACACCACGAACAGCCAGGGCUGCUAAGUCCGUCAACCGAUCAGGAAAUUUCACUCCUCCGCUGCAUCCCAAUUUUCCAGAGUCCUCACUGGAGGUACUUGCACGGCUCUGGAGGCCAACCCGGGGCGGGCAGGUUGAACGCGUCUGGCGAUGGGCGAACCGACCUGACGUCAAGUCUGGGAACUCGGAGGGCAGAAUCACGACCUGGGUGUUGCCUCGUAGGCUGACAUAUCCUGCCUCGAGAUGGCACCCCUCUCAAGAACAAAUUCGUACACCGAUCCGGCCUUCACCCUGAGGCGGCAGUUCGGCAAGGAGCACUUCAGACCUAUGCAGAAGGACAUCAUAGAGGCAGCUCUCCAGGGUAAAGAUGUCUUUGUCCAGGCCGCCACCUCGUUCGGAAAGAGCCUGUGCUUCCAGCUGCCCGCUGUCAUAGACCACGGCAUCACCAUCGUGGUCUCGCCCCUGCUCAGCCUGAUGAUGAACCAGAUCGAGUCGCUCAAGCUCGCCAACGUCGACGCCAGGACCCUCAACAGCAACACGCCCCCGGCCGAGAAGGACCACAUCUACCAGGACCUGGCCUCGGGCCACCCGCGGACGAGGCUGCUGUACGUCACCCCGGAGCUGUGCUCGGGCGACCACUUCCGCCGCAGGCUGAGGGUCGUGCACGAGCAGCGCGAGCUGGCCCGCAUCGCCGUCGACGAGGCACACUGCAUCUCGGAGUGGGGCCACGACUUCCGCAAGGACUUCAAGAAGCUGUCCUUCUUCCGCGAGGCCUUCCCCGACGUGCCCAUCAUGUGCCUGACCGCCACCGCCAACGAGCAGGUCCGCCGCGACGUGCUGUCCACCCUGGGCCUGCUCCAGAGCCCCGCCCGCCUGCGCACCUUCGCCAUGACCGCCUACCGGCCCAACCUGCACAUGGAGAUACGCUUCACGAGCGACCAGGCCGACGACCGCUUCGACAACUUUGUCACCUGGAUCCAGGGCGUGUACGCGCGCCGGGAGACGGACGGGAGGAGGCCUGAGCUCGAGGCCCGCGGGGAGAGGGUCAAGAACGUCCCGGGCAUCAUCUACACCAGCUCGAGGGACGAGUGCGAGAUGAUCGCGGCGGCGCUGCGGCAGGAGGGGAUCGGCGCGCGGCCCUUCCACGCCAGGCUGCCCAACCAGGUCAAGGAGGAGACGCUGGCGCGGUGGGUCAACAACCAGGAGGGCUACGAUAUCAUCGUGGCCACGACGGCCUUCGGCAUGGGCAUCGACAAGAACAACGUGCGCUUCGUCGUGCACUGGCGCAUGCCCAAGAGCUUCGAGGGCUACUACCAGGAGGCCGGCCGCGCCGGCCGGGACGGCAAUGCCAGCUACUGCUUCCUGUAUUACAGCCGCGAGGACCGCGACCGCAUCUCCAACAUGGUGUCGAGGGACGUCAAGGACGGCGAGAAUCGCGAGGCGAGGCUGCGCAGCCUCAAGACGCUGGCCGACUACUGCGAGGGCACCGAUGGCUGUCGGCACGCUGCCAUCUGCAGGUAUUUUGGGGAGGCUGACGUCCCUGCGUGCGAUUUCGCCUGCGACUGGCACAAGGAUGCACAGGACCUGAAGAGGAGGUGGCGGAAGGGGCUGGCCAGUGAGGAGUGGGUCAGCACGCAGGCGCAGGGCGGUGUUUAUGACAAUUAUUAUGAUGAUUACUGAGGGACGGAUAGACUCCUGGAAGAUACCCCGGCAUUGCUCGGCUGCCCACUUUAUGCGGAGCGAAAAUCACAGUUCGUUUUUGAGACUUCCUCAUGUGCAUCAUUACAUGCAAUGUGCAAUGCUGUCAUUCCAACAUCUGGUCGUGGAGGGCAUCAACACCUCCCUCCAAGAGCAGCCUCUUGUUGUUCUGCCAGUGUAUGAAAGCUAGGCCCUGCAACAAGCAGUCAGCCAGAUCGUCCAGCUUCUUCAUCCUAUCAGCCUUGCGCAGGAAGCUAUUCUUCCCCUGCCACUCGUUCAGGUACACGGCAGCAACGAGCCUUGCCGGCUCAGCAACAUCCAGACCAGCCGAGGCCAGCAUCC